AACUCGCAGGUGUUCCAGGCUAACGUUUUGCGAACCCGCAGGAACAGUACCACAGUUAUGAAUCGUCAUAGUCUGUUUGUGCCAUCAUCUCCUAUCCGUAUUCCUAGCAGCCGUCUCCAUCAAAUCAAACAGGAAGAAGGAAUGAAUUUGAUGAACAGAGAAACAGUACGUGAAAGAGAAGUGCAAGUAGCAAUGCAGAUGAGCCACUCAUGGGAGGAGAGCUUGAGCCUGAGCGACAAUGAUUUUGAAAAAUCAUCAUCACCAAAACAAGUAGACUUUGUCCCAGUUUCUCCAGCUCCUUCGCCUACCAGAGGAAUAGGGAAGCAAUGUUUCUCACCAUCUUUGCAAAGUUUGGUAAGCAGCAGUGGAUUACCUCCAAGUCCUAGCCCAAGUCCAACACGGCGAUUUUCAAGGAGAAGCCAGAGUCCAAUUAACUGCAUUCGACCAAGUGUUCUUGGGUCAAUAAAAAGGAAAGGUGUAACAGAGAUAGAAGAUCAUCCAAAAAGAUUAUUCCAAGGAUCCACCAAUAUACUUACCCCUGAAGUUUCACAUCAGGCGGAGCUUGGGGAAUGUCUGUCAUCACACGCUCUUGAUGACAACAGAAGCAGUGCAGGCUCUUCCUGUGACUCACCAGCUGAAGUCGGCGCCAACACAGACUCUCCAGUCUCAUUUUCUGACUCCAGAUCUCCUUUUUUACCGGUAGAUCUUACGGCUAAGUUACCUAUUAAUUGAGAAGCAGAAGUCUGCUCACGGACACCAAGAAACAGGCUGGAUAUCAAUAAGACUUUCCGUUGUGUGUAACUGAUUCUGUUCCUCAUAGGAACUUCCAGAAAUGUCAUUAUUUCUAGAAAACUUCCAAAAUAGUUCCUUGAGG